GCUCGUGCCUCGCGGCUGAACUGUAGUUUACGACUCAUUGAUGUGGUUAUAUAUUGCGGAGUCGAAACUCAUGAAGGCGGCCAAGCGGGUGCUAUUAGGAGGUAAGGGCGGCAAACAUGACAAGCCUACAAGGUCGAUGUCAGCGCCACGGAUCGAGGAUCCGGCGAAGACACAGCAUAAGGCGCUGCCGAUGCUAUCGUCUAGCGACCUGGGACUAACCACCAGUGAGAAAAAGGUUUUGAGGAGCGGAACACGGAGAUGGGUGAUGAAGUUACCCAGUUGGACUUCAGGACAGAAAAAGCCAAUGGCGGAUGGGGGGAAAGUCGAAGAACCUAGUGAAGUAACGAGAUGGGAGGAUGACGUCGCGUCUCCCCUCCACCCUUCCAAGAGCGUCAGCCCUAUCAAGCUGAGAACGUCGAUGUCGGCGCGCUAUGGUGCACAAAUCGGGGAUCCGACGGAGACACAGUCUAAGCCGGCGCUUCAGUCAUCCAGCGAUCUGGGAUUGACCGGAGCAGAGAGAAAGGUUCCGAGGAGCGCCAGACGGCGAUGGGUGACACCUUGGAAGCUGCCCAGUAUAAGAGGACCAACAAAAACGAAAUCUCCGGGGGUUGAGGGGCAGCAAGUCAGAGAACAGAGUUCAGUAAUCCGAGUGGGUGACGUUGCGAAGUCGACUGCCGACUUUUCGAAUGGGAGUGGUGGGUCGGAGGGUGCCGUGGUGUGUCCCGAACCGGCACCAGGUGAGCUUCAGGUCACCAUGACGAGGCCAGAAGCUUCGCCGCCGUUAUCGACAGAGAAGCCAGGCGCUGAGGAAGAGGUGGAGAAGACGGUGGCUAGUGUAGAGGCGGCUCUGCUGUCAAGGGAACAGAUUGAAGUAAUACCCGGUAACCUGGCGCGGGACACAGAAGGUAAAGCAGAUCCAGAGGCAGGCGAAGUCCCAAGCCACCGGGCGCAAUCUGGUGGCGACGAUGCCAAGAAGGAACCGCAUGAUGCUGAGUCCGAGUUAGAGAAACAACACCAAGAACUAGGGACUCUCGAACAGGCAGCGCGGAACCACGAGGAUGCUACAUGGGCACUUCAUACCCGUGUACAGGACUUGGAGCAAGCAGCGCCAAGACCAGAUGGUGGCGAAUCCAUCAAUGUAGGCUCUACCCACCAGUUGGAGCAACGAGUUGAUCAUGUUCUUGCAAUGAUCGGCGACAUCAGCAACUUCGCCGCACCAACCUCCAUCAGCGAGCAUCUCGACAUCUUGAAGAAUGAGGUUCGACAACUACACCAGCCGCCUGACAAUUGCAGCACCAAUGCAUCGCGACAGUACAAGAUGCAGACGUUCCAGAUUCAGAAGUUUGAUGACUAUACGCAUCAGGACCCGGUCCCCUGCUGGCAGGGGCUUUACGAUGGAGCUUCAGAUUCAUUAGCCAAGGCUAGACUCAAGCUUGACAAGCUCAAGCACAGCAAGUGGACCGGCACCAUGCACAACCUGCAGCAGUAUGUUAGCAAACUCUUUGCUACUCCGGAUCUGGAAAUGACUGCGCCGUCCUGUCUGGAUGUGAUAAAAGGUACGGUCCCCUUUACUAUAAAAGAUCGCCUAGGGCUCAGACUUAGUGCAUAUACAGAUUGGCUUACCCUCAUGCGAGACUUAGUCAAGCUGGAGGCACAAGACCCCCCGAGUGGAUCAAGUGGCAAAAAGACCACCGACCGCAAACGGUUUCCAGGCAGCAACCGUUUUGCAGCACACGAUCUGCUUGAGGCAGACGAGGAGACCCUCAUGGAGGAAUCUUCUCUUGAUGACGAUCAAGAGCAAGACUGCGGGGCAUCUUGCUCUUUGUCAGCCCAUGAGUCUGAGUAUGUGAACGACGAUGAAUCUAUGCAUGCCUUCAAAAAGACUGCCUUUAAAAGUGGAUGCAAGGUCUCCAACAAGAUCGAUCUCAAGUCUGGCUACCACCAGAUUGAAGUCGAUCCUGCAGACCAACAUAAAACUGCAUUCAAAAAUUGCGAUGGGCUGUACGAAUUUACAGUCAUGCCCUUCGGUCUCACGAAUGCGCCAACCACCUUUCAAAGUCUCAUGGAUAAGCAAGACGAUGGUGAUGGCUUACGUCGGCUUGAAUACUACAGCAAACGCAUGCCCAGUCACAAGGUAGCUGCUUCCACUUACAUGCGAGAGCUCUAUGCCUUGAGAGAGGCACUAGACCAUUGGAAACACUACCUCUUGGGUCGCCAUUUCAAAGUGUUCUCAGAUCACGAGACUUUGAAAUGGAUUCAGACACAGAUUAAUCCCUCAACCACAUUGACCCGCUGGCUGCAUGAGAUUGAUGUGUAUGAUUUUGAGAUUAAGCACAAGAAAGGCUGUUAUAAUCGAGUUGUGGAUGCUUUGUCUCGCCACCCUGAGUACAUAACUUGCCUUGUGGGUUCCUAUGAUCUCCGUAAAAAUUUGAAGGAGGAACUUAUUGAGCAUACUGCCAAGGAUCCGGAACUCAGUCCCAUCCUUGAGGAGAUUCGGGCUGACCAUAGCAGUCAGCCUGAUUUCCAUGAAUGUAAGGGCAUUCUCUUCCGACGCUACGGGAAGGAUGGCCGAUCGUGUGUGCCCAACCAUGAGCCAAUCAUGACCCACUUUUUGGAUUUGGCUCAUGGUCGAAGUGGACACUUCGGUGUUGAGAAGACAUACGGGAAUCUGUUGGAAAAGUUUGUGUGGCUUGGAAUGAAAAGAAUGGCACAAAGGUUUGUGGCUGAGUGUGAAGUUUGUCAACGCAUCAAACCGUUUCGACAGAAGCCCUAUAGGCUGCUGCACCCUCUUCCUAUUCCUGAUGGUCCGGGUGAGUCGGUUUCCAUUGACCUCACGGAUAUGGGAAAGAAGAGCAGAAACGGUUAUUCACAAGUAAUGGUGAUCGUCGAUCGUUUUUCCAAAUUUUCGAAUUUAAUCCCAUUGCCACCUCACGCCCCAACAGACCUUGUGAUCGAAGAAUUUAACAAGAGGUACAUUCUGCAUAAUGGUCCCCUGAAGACACUUGUGAGUGAUCGGGAUACUAGGUUCAUAAGUGCAGAUUGGAAAGACUUCACCUCCCAGACCUACGACAUGAAACUCAAAAUGACGUCUGGUCGACACCCCGAGGCGAAUGGACUGGCUGAGGAAAUUAACCAGACCGUAAUCCAACUUCUCAGGGCUCUUAUCGUGCCUGACCAGAACUCUUGGGAUGAGGAGUUGCCGAUUGUGCAGGGAUUGUACAACUCCAUCCACUCCUCCACCAGGAUGACGCCUAACCGGCUGCACCUCGGAUGGAAAAUCUGCAAUCCUAUAUCCUAUCUGUUCCCGGAACAGCCACCUGGCCUAACACCUGGUCAGCCAGGCUACAGUGCUAAGUACGAUCGUUUGCUUAAAGUCGCUGACGCAGCUAUGGAGAGGCGACACAGUGCUAUGAUUAAGCAUGCAAACAAAAAGCACCAGCAUGACCCCUUCAUUGUGGGAAGUUAUGUCUGGGUCAAGAUGUCUGAGUUUUUUUAAGAAGAAGGUGUAUCACGGAAAGUUCUUCCUCAGUACUACGGUCCUUGGAAGGUGCUGAACCGAGUAGGCAAUGAUUCCUUCGGUCCUUCCUACACGAUUGAUGUGCCUGCUCAUCUGCGCACAUACCCAGUCUUUCACGCAUCAAAGUUAUUUCCGUAUGAGCCACCUGAGACGUUCAAGUACUGAGAAUCGAUGAUUCCCCGCGCAAUCAAUGGCGGUCACGAGG